AGAGAGAGAGAGAGAGAGAGAGAGAGAGAGAGAGAGAGAGAGAGAGAGAGAGAGAGAGACAUUUCCUCCUUGUUGCUAUAAAUAGACGGAACUUUUUAUGGCAAUGGCGGAAUCAGUGAGUCGAAGCGGUCUCCGCCAGCCUCCUCUAUUCUAUCUGAGAGCGGCUGUCUUGCUAACGGCUCUAUUCCUCGCGCGAGGUGUGUCUGGUGGAGAUUCGAUCUCUCUCACUCCCUUUGGGACCUCCGUGGCCUCAUCUCAGCCGUUGAACAUUCUGCCACCUAAUGAGCUGGCGGGCGACACAAGCCUGUACACGUACGUCCUGGGCAUGCAGCUUUCCGACGACGAGACGGAGCUGUUUUUCAUUCAGAACAAACACGUGUUUUGGGGUCCAGGCCUGGACAGGUUCGAAAACCCUCAAAACGAUUCUUACGCGCUGUGGGUGGUUGAUCUAGCGACCAGCCCCAAUCAGGCCAAGCCCAUAGCGGGGCCUUUCCAACGCGCUGUGGGGGGGCCCGAUCCGGAGCAGAUCUCCACCAGGAUCCUACGGCUGGCGGUGUCCCGUGAAACUGUCUAUUUGGCCGACAUCGAUAACCACAGGAUCAUCCACGUCAAUGCCAGCAACAGCUCCGUAUCUGAUCUGCAGACGCCUGCGCGUAUCCUGAAGGAGAUGUGGAGCUUGGCUUUUGCCGACUCGACAAAGCAGAGUCUUUUGGCGGUAGAGUUCUCUCCGCCUCCCGCCGACGGCAGCGUGGUCGAGACGGGCUCUACGGUUCUUCGCAUCGACCUGCAGCUGCCGGAGGGCGGCGCCGGCGGCGGGUCAACGCCCCCUGCUACUGUCGGUCAACCCACCGUUUUGGCGGGGCCUCAAUUCAAGACCAGGGGGGUCGUAUCUCCUACGAAUCUCACAACUCUGCAGCGCGUUCUGAUCAGUGAGCAGGGGGUGUGCGCGAGCGGGGCGGCGGUGUUCCUGGCGGACGACCGCGAUCCGCGGAUCUGGAGACUGGACACGAAAACGGGCGCGCUGGACUACGUCGCUGGCGCGGAGCAGGGUGUGGCGGGCGCGUCGGCGGAUGCCACCGACCCGACCAAGGUCAUCUUCCUCCGACCCGCCUCUUUUGCGCUCGCAUCGGACGGUUGCAAUCUCUUCGUCACGGAGACCGAAGGGCAGCGAUUGCGACUCAUCACGCUGGACAAGCCUUGCGGGAAAGCCGUGUCCGUGCAGACGUUUGCCUCCUUCGCGGGGCCGCAGAACCGCGCCUUCGCUGACGGACUGGCGCUCACAAAGGACGACUCCACCUUGUUCGUGGGCGCGUACAACAAGGCAAUUUACAAAAUACCCCUCCAGGUUGACAAAUUGCCUGCCUGCGGGGGGGGCACGCGCUCUUCCUCGUCCUCGCCCCCGGCCUCGCCCCCGCCCACGCCCACGGUAUCGCGCUCAACCUCGAACUCGACCUCGCCGCCGCCGCCGUCGUCGUCGGAUCCCAAGCAGCCAUCCGAAUCCGUUGCAACUCCGCCUGCGUCGGAGGAUGCUCUUCAUGGUACGCCUCCAGAGGAAGUCCAUCCAUCUUUGUCCUCCCCUCCAUCCAAAGGCGGCGGAUUGUCAGCCCCGCCGUCGCUGCCUUCCUCCCCCUCAUCAACCUCCCCUGUCGGGGGCGGAUCCGAGUCGUCCUCCGCUCAAUCCAACGGUGGCGGAUCGUUUGCCUCAUCCUCGCCGCCUUCUUCCCGCUCGUCAACCUCCGCUGGCGGCGGCGGAUCGUCGUCCUCUGGAUCCAACGGUGGAUCGUCCUCAAGUCAAUCUAACGGCGGCGGAUCAACGUCGUCCCCAGAAAAACAACAAGAUCCCGUCGGCAAUAACGCCGACACGACCUCGACCUCGAGCCCAGCGCCUGCCAAGAAAGACAAGCCGGUCUAUAAAAGGCCACUAGUGAUCGGCGUGGCUGCGGCGGCGGUCUUAGCUAUCGUCCUCCUGUUCUGCUGCUGCCGUUGCCUCUGCAAGAAGCGUCGAGACAGAGCGUUCUUCUCCACUGGCGUCUGAUUAUGCCUGCCUUAUCCCUCAGGGAUGUUCCAUGACUUGACAUCUCUUUUUUUUCUACUUCCUUUGGCUCCCACGACCUCCAAGUCUUGCGUCCAGUACGCCGGAGGCUUUUCACUUCGUCUCUGCGUCCAGUACGCCGGAGGCAAGAACCACCUACCUACCUGCCCGUCUCUGCGUCGGAGGCUUUUCACUUCACUGUUGUCCUGCUUUCUCGCGCAACAGACUUCAGAAUCUGCUGAUGUCUACUCGCCGACGACGUGUACCCUACGUACUUUGACAUCUAUCAAUAGUCGCAAGUUCGAGCGAAAAAAAAAAACAAAACGAACGUUACCUU